AUGGCUAACACGAACAGUCGCCGUUAUCCGCCGUAUAUGAUUUGGUCAAACAAUAAGUGUCAUUCACAAGAUACAAUUAUCAAUAAAACAUGUCAUAAUCCAAAAGAAUUUACUUGUAUUAUAUUUACAUCGGACUUAAACCGAUUUCAAAUGGAUAAAUUCGAUGAUGAUGAUCUUGUUUCAUUAUUUAAACGAUGUGCUUAUAAUGUAGUUAUGUCAGCUGGUUGUAACGUAACACCUAAUGUCAAUGAUUGUUGGGAUAUUGGUGUUGCCAAAAAUGAUUAUAAUAAUGAUUUUCAACAAACCAACUUUGUUAAUUCAAUUUUAACAUCAGAACAUGAUAAACAUAUUGAUUAUAUAACUGAACAAAUAUGUCCAAAACUUGUUGAACAUAUAAAAAAGAAAAGUAAAGCUGCUGCUGCUGAAAAUCUUAAACCAAUGCAAGUUGAAAAUCAUUUUUUUAUAUGUGUUAGUUGUUUAAUUGAAUAUGCGGAAUUUGAAUCACAAGCUAAACAAAACAAAUUAGCAACUGAAGGUAAACAUUUUUGUUCAACAUUUCCAUUAAAAGAUGAUAAAAAAUUUUUUUUAAAGGUAUUAUAA